UGUAUGUGUGCUGGGAUCAGGCAGUUGAUGCGGGCAGCCCCAGCUUAUCAUUUCUCCCCUCACUUUAUUAGCGAACCGGCUAUUCAGCAACAGGAGAUCGGCUGCUCACAAAUGGGGCUUUUAAAACACAGAUAAAGCCUAUUAAUAUACCCCCUUCACCCGGUUUAUUUUGAGUGGCCUGAGAGUUUGUGGCCAUGGGUGACACCGAGCUGGAGCUGUCCCCCGCCCGCCUAGAAGAGCUGCAGAAGAGCCCAUCAGCCUCUUCCACCUCCACCACCUCCUCUCUGUCCCUACCCUCUUCUCCAUCCUCUGGCCCUCAUCCCCUAACCAGCUCCAGCCCGAGCACCAGCGAAGGCCUGUCCACUUCCAGCCCCCCUCUGGACGUCAUAUCCGAGGGAGUGGGUGAACUCAGCCUGGUGAUCGAUACCGAGGUGGCUAAGAAAGCCUGCCAUGAGGUUCUCCAAAAGGUGAAGCUCUUGAAGGGCGACGGAGAUGUACCUCCAGGCAAAGCAGAGCCCGGUCUGGCAAACGGUACCAUGCACCAUGAGCCCACAGAUGUAGACGGAGGAAAGCCUCAAAAGAUCCGAGAGGAGGAGGCGGAGCCCGUAAAGAGCGUACGGCGGCGUCAGAAGAACAACUCAUCCAAGCAGUCCUGGCUCCUGCGGCUAUUCGAGUCUAAGUUGUUCGAUGUCUCCAUGGCCAUCUCUUAUCUUUACAACUCUAAGGAGCCCGGCGUCCAAGCUUAUAUCGGCAAUCGACUAUUUAGUUUCCGAAACGAGGACGUGGAUUUUUACUUGCCCCAGUUGCUCAAUAUGUACAUCCACAUGGACGAGGACGUGGGCGACGCCAUCAAACCCUACGUGGUUCACCGCUGUCGGCAAAGCAUCAACUUCUCCCUGCAGUGCGCCUGGCUGCUGGGGGCCUACUCUUCUGACAUGCACAUCUCCACGCAGCGUUACUCCCGCGGCACGAAGCUGCGUAAACUCAUCCUGUCAGACGAGCUCAAGCCCUCCAGCCAGCGUGGCCGCAGGGAGAUGCCGCAGCCUCCCCCGUCCUGCCCCCCUCCCCUUCAUCAUGGUCAGGGCAUGAGCGAACACAGCCUCUCGCCCUCCAAACGCACGCACCAGCGCUCGAAAUCUGACGCCACCGUCAGCAUCAGCCUCAGCAGCAAUCUGAAGAGAACCGCCAGCAACCCCAAAGUAGAGAGCAGUCAAGAUGAGGAUUUGAGCUCCAGCUCCGACAGUCUCGAGCUAGAGGCUGGUACACCUGUGCGUCUGACUCCCCAGAGAGAGUUCAUUAAGUCUCUGAUGGGCAUUGGCAAAAGACUGGCCACUCUGCCCACUAAAGAACAGAAGACUCAGAGGCUGAUCUCAGAACUGUCCCUGCUCAACCACAAGCUGCCCGCGCGGGUCUGGCUGCCCACGGCUGCUUUCGACCACCACGUGGUGCGCGUGCCUCACACGCAGGCCGUCGUGCUCAACUCGAAGGAUAAGGCACCUUAUUUAAUCUAUGUAGAAGUUCUGGAAUGUGAAAACUUUGAGACGUCAAGCGUGCCGGUCAGGAUUCCAGAAACGCGGAUCCGCAGCACACGCUCCGUAGAGAAUCUCCCGGAUUGCGGCAUCACGCCCGACCAGCGUGCCAGCAGCUUUUCCACGGUUCCCAAUUAUGACAACGACGACGAGGCGUGGUCUGUAGAUGACAUCGGAGAGCUGCAGGUGGAGCUUCCUGAGAUCCACACCAACAGUUGUGACAACAUCUCCCAGUUCUCAGUAGAUAGCAUCACGAGCCAGGAGAGCAAGGAACCUAUUUUUAUUGCAGCUGGAGACAUCAGACGACGUCUGUCGGAGCAGCUCGCCCACACACCCACCACAUUCAAGAGGGAUCCGGAAGAUCCCUCAGCUGUAGCUCUAAAGGAACCGUGGCAGGAGAAAGUGACACGAAUCAGAGAGGGCUCCCCCUAUGGGCACCUGCCCAGCUGGCGUCUUCUUUCUGUUAUCGUGAAAUGUGGCGACGACCUGAGACAGGAGCUGCUUGCCUACCAAGUGCUAAAACAACUGCAGAUUAUCUGGGAGCAAGAGAGGGUUCCUCUGUGGAUCAAGCCCUAUAAGAUCCUGGUCAUCUCUUCAGACAGCGGCAUGAUCGAGCCGGUGGUCAACGCUGUGUCCAUUCACCAGGUGAAGAAACAGAGCCAGCUGUUGUUGCUCGACUACUUCCUGCAAGAGCACGGCAACUACACUACAGAGGCCUUUCUUACAGCACAGCGCAACUUUGUCCAGAGCUGUGCAGGCUACUGCCUCAUCUGCUACCUUCUGCAGGUGAAGGACAGGCACAAUGGAAAUAUCCUGCUGGACUCGGAGGGCCACAUCAUUCACAUCGACUUUGGUUUCAUCCUCUCCAGCUCGCCACGAAACUUGGGCUUUGAGACGUCUGCCUUCAAACUCACCAGUGAAUUUGUCGAUGUGAUGGGAGGUCUGGAUGGAGACAUGUUCAACUAUUACAAGAUGCUAAUGCUCCAAGGACUCAUCGCUGCACGCAAGCACAUGGAGAAGGUCAUCCAGAUCGUAGAAAUCAUGCAGCAAGGUUCUCAGCUCCCCUGCUUUCACGGCUCCAGCACCAUACGUUACCUGAAGGAGAGAUUCCACAUGAACCUGACGGAGGAGCAGCUGCAGGUGUUGGUGGAGCAGAUGGUGGACGGCUCCAUGCGCUCCAUCACGACCAAGCUGUACGACGGAUUCCAAUAUCUCACAAAUGGCAUCAUGUGAGCGGAGGGUGCACAUGGACUAGAACGCUAGAACUGGAAAUAGGCUGCACCGUUUUGAAAAACCACUCCCGUUUCCCAUAACCACCCCUGCUUGUCUGCCUUUUCGUUAUGGAUUUCUUUUUACUCUGAAGAGGUCUUGUGAAGCAACUGUCUUCUUUUCUCAGCUGGAUUUCUGGUUUAAACUCUUGUCUUCUUGCAUUUCCCUGGAUGUCCCUUCAGAGUUAUUUUACCCAGUUUUUCAGUGCCUCAUUUAAACACUAGACUAGGCUGCUCUGUCACGACCUGGUUUUACUCGCACAUGUGUACAGACUUUACCAUCCCAUAUUAACAUCUGCAGUUUCUUUUUUGCUAUACCACUAAUGCUUCAUAUCCUUGAUUGAUGGAAAUGACUGAAUAACAUUCAGAUUUUAACACGCACAUCUGCAAUGUGUAGUCCUUGCUGGGGUGGAAAUGAGGAGAUGCUGUAUGUAAGCCUGUAAAUUGCCUGUAAAAUGAGAGAACGGGGUGGUAAACAUUGCUGCUUUGUCCAGCUAUGUGAAGUCAGUGUUACAUUAAAUGUUUUCUAAGAGAACUUCAGCUCUCUGUCUUAGUCAGCGCUGCACAAUGAAGAAAACCAUCAAGCCAUCAAACUUUCACUUCAAAAGCCCUUGUGCAGCAAUGGGGUGAAUAAAGCUUUUGGAUGUUGUACACUUUAAAACACCAAAGACACUGACCAGUGAUAUACUCUCAUCCGAUUGGUUACUGGUCUAACUGAAAAAAAUGAAAUAAAAUAAUGACUGGUCUGUUUUUUUACUAUGGUAAAAAAAGGUAUAGGAAGUGUUUCCAAAGGUGGUUGCUGUUUCAAAUGUUGCAGACUAAAAUAUGACCUCGGCGACUUGGAGACAAAAACACUAUUUAUUGCCCAUUUACAAAUAUUUCAUGCUUACAUGACAUUUGUGAAAUACACGUUCUCAACUCAUCGUCUGUGGAUUUCAUUUUGUUGUUAUGUUUGGCACAAGUUAUAAUCCAAGUGCUCAUUUGUACAGCUAACCUGAAUUUAUAAUGGCCAUUUUCUCUCAUCUGAUCUCUGGCUACCUGAGGUGGGUCAACCAUCUUUAGAUGUAAAUUGACUGUGAGCUACUGGAGUUUUUAAUUAUUUUUAAUAAGUCAGAGAGGAGUUUAGAAGCUGUUGCACAGGGCACAGAAGUGUAAGGGCUAUGAAAAAGGGGGGGAUAAUCGACCCAUUAAGUCUUUGUUUUAAUUCCUUUACAUGUACAGGUCUAAACUUCCCUGCCUAGUUUUUUAUUCUUUUAUUUUCGUUGAAAUUGGGGAGGGUUCACCCUUUCUUAUGCUUUGUGACACCUGUACCAUUUCUCUGUUUCUUAACUAUUUUAAUUCAUUCUCCCAGUGAAAGACACAAAUUCCUUUUAGAUGUGUACGUUUUCAACAGCUUUUUCUUUCCUAUUUUAUAUUUCUGUUGUUUCGACGUUAAAUUCUUUCUUUCCUUUGAACCUUGUCAAAUGGACCAGCUCUUAAGAUCAUGUGAAUAACCUUUGUGAAUGUACCUUUGUAUAAUAAAUUAAAUGUACCUAUUCCACGUGUUUUGAACGUUCAGUUUUUGGACCAUAUUCUCCUGGGACCCAGCAAUUGAUUUUUGUGGUGCACAUAUUUUUCGUGCAUAUCGGGGAACCCAAAAAUUCAACUGUUGUAAAGUUUUAUGGAUCAUAAAGAUCAGGUAAAGAAUUGUGGUAACGCUCGUUUCUAGGGUGUGCUUUUUACGGCAAAUGUUCGCCACAAUUUUACGAAAAAAUUGACCGUGUCCCAGACUUAAAAUAAGGUGCAAAAACAUAUUAAAUGUUCGGACACCGUGACAGUCGUUUAGGUAAAACAUUGAUGCACAUCAAUUUACAUUUCCUUUUGUGAAUUGAAAACACAAGCUUAAAUCCACUUCACAAUAGACUAAGUAUUUUACACUGUUUGCUAUUUUUUAAGAAUCAUUCUUCUAUUAAACCAUACUGUUAUCAUUCCUCCAAAACCAGAAACACUGUUAUUUAUGGAGACUCUUUCAUCUUUUACAGACAGCUGGUAUCUAGUGUUUUGGUCUGAUUGUGACCGUGCUAAAUGCUUGACAUCAGAUGUUCUAGAACCCGAGUGAAGACCUCAGACAGCUCAUUGCUGUUAACAAUGACCUUUGUCUGGUUGUCCUGGAUUUGCCGUCAGUCUUGGCAAGAGAAGAAAACAUUGAGGUUCAAAUGAACGACAUCAUGAAAGGUCUUGAUGUAAGGAUAGAAAAUGAUCAGUACAUAUCACACUACAGACUACUGACUAAAGGUGCAGAUCCACUCUACAAGCAACAGAUGCAGUCUCAGUGUGUUGGACCUUCAGUGCAGCAAAACUGAACAAAAGAAAAGUCAUGACACACUUGUUACCGAGACAGUGACUAUUAUGCGGAUUGCAGAACAUUAUGCAAACAGGAACCAAAGUAACAGUCCUAUCUGUAAAUGAUUUGAUGUCUGUAAUGAGGCCUGUAAUUUACUUGAUGUUAAAAGACUUUCUUCUGUCCUCACUUAAUGUAAAAAGACAACUUUAAUAAUAUUUGAUUGUUGAUGUCUCAACAGCAUUUUAGCUGACUAAUACUUAUUUAGAGUUAUGUCUUGUGUUUUGACUAGGAGGAGCAAAAAGAACACGAUGGUUAUGUUAGACGAGUUUUUCCUCAUGGAAAAGACUAUAGUUUUUAACUAAUAAUAAUUUUUAGGGAAAUUUCAGAAAUGUAAUUUUUAAUGAGCUCUCACAUUUUUACUAUUUAUUGUUAC